UAAACACUUCACUUCCGCAUUCGGUUGCGAGAGAACGGACAGACAGCACGUCUUCGCUUUACUCACUUAAAAUCACUUUUGUCAAAUAUUACUGCAAUAUUUCUGUCUGAAAAUGUCGAGAAGUGCAGGCACACUUCAGACUACGCACCAGGCGACGUAUGUUCCGCCUCGAAUGAUGCCAGGGUACAAAGGGCAUUGUCCAACCACAAAGUUUGACUACGGCGAAACGUACGGCAAUGCUACCGCCAAGUAUUUCCAGGACUACCGCUCGGAAACACUGAACCAGAGCAAGAGUAACUACGCCAAAGGCGGCCAAUUCCCGACAGUCUACACCCACAAUCCCGACCUAGUCAUCCAUGCUAGGGACCGGACACGUGAACAGUGGCGGACAGCACCGAAAUAUGAAUUGACCAAUGUCAAUUACGACCGCAAAGAAGAGAUCAACAAAUUUGACAAACUUGCCCAGGAGCACCGCCAGCAUUACAAAGACAGGACGGGCACGGUGCAACGCGUCAACGAGUUCUUGAUCCCAAAGAGUGCAGAGGACAUGUACAGACAAGAUGUCAAAUCAGCUGAGGAAGAUGUGAAUAUUGAGUCUGAGGCCAAACUGAAGAAGAUGCUGAACAAACCGGUCAUGAGAGCACCCAAGACAACCUCCACCAACAGCCGGACUUCUACGGUCCGAGACCGUGCAAUGAGAGAUGUUGUCUUUGAGUCCAGAUAAUUUGUGUUAUUUCUUUCCCAUUUUUAAAUUUAGUACAUGUUUAAUUUGGUGGGGUUUUUUUUUGGGGGGGGGGGAGGGGGGACACGGUUUGACACGGGUGGAAAGUAUUCCCACAAUGCAUCAUGGCCUCCAUAGAAAUUGAAGUAAUAUUCGGGAUGACACAAGUACAUGUACAUCUAAAUGUACAAAAAUGUACACAUGUAACAUUAAUUUGAUUGUAAAUGUUUGAUGAUUCAACUGAAAAUUAUGAUGAAAUCCCAUGAGAACUGAAGAAAUUGUACAUCUGUGUAAAUUGUACUUUUUUCUACAGUAUAGAUACAGUUUGUACAUGUACAAAUGUACAUGCAAUAUUUACAAUGUAUCUGGUGAUGAUUUUAUCCGCAAUACUUGAGAUUUUAUGCAGGGAACUUGAUUUUGGAGAUUUAUGAAAAGGUGAAUUGUUUUUUGGAGCAAUAUGCAAAAUAAUUUCAAACCUACAUACUGUAUCUGUUUUUCAAACCCAAGCAAUUUCGCAUUGUUGAUAAUCAUUGGGGUUCUCACAAACUGAAAUUAGAAUUUGUGGUUAAUGGUGUUGUUAAACCAAUAUCAUAUAAGAAAUAAUUCUUGAUAUUCUUUUCUGUACAGGUUUUAAACAAUAAGAGUGUGAUUUAAUCGAUUUAUGGGAUUGUUUGCGUAUUUUAUUGGGGAUUUAUGUUUUUCAGGAUAUCUUAACUAAGAGUGUUUGUAAUUCAAAUUGAUAUGGAAUAAAGUUGAAUGAAGCCUGCACUGACUUGUAA